AUGCAGCAGCGCACGGGCAAGGUCUUCAUCGACAUGGCGGGCCGCUCCGACGCGACGAGCGUGGAGGUCCCCCGCGAGCUCACGGGCAUCCUGAAGGGCUCCACCCUUCGGGACAUCGAGCACGAGACCGACACCUUCUGCUUCCUGGAGGGCGACGCGGACAACUCCGACUGCCUCCUCAUCUUCGGGCCCCACAAGGGGCGCAAGCAGGCAGAGCGCAAGGUCCGCGACCUCGUGCGCGUCCGCCCCAAGCAGCUGCCCCAGGAUACCCCCUCGGAGCGCCACUCCUCGGAGAACGUGGUCAAGGCCGAGAUCAGGAUCAGCAGCGUGGUCGCCGAGGCUAUUGACCCCCAGAAGCUCACGGCAAUCCAGAGCUCAUGUGGGGCCAAGGUGACGCAGCAGGGCACCGAGUACGUCUCCGUGCAGGGCUACGAGCAGCAGGUAUCGCAGGCCAAGAGGCAGCUCCACGAGUACAUCUACAACCUCAAGGAGGGGGGGGGAGUGGAGGAGGAGUUCACGCCGCCGAAGGAGGUGCCGUUUCACGCCUUCAUCGCUCGGGGCGCCGAUGGCAAGCCUUCGGUGUUGGAGGAGGUGCGGAACGCGACCCGCGUGAGGGUCAAGGUCUUGCCCAACGAGAAGAAGAUCGUACUGGGAGGGCUUUUCUCCGUCGUGUCGAAUGCGAAGCGAGACUUGCAGCUGUUCCUGAACUCCUUCGUGUCGCACCACGUUCAGCUGGAGAAGGCCCAGCUUGAGCAGGUCUCAGCCUUCCUGAAGCAGAGCCUCCCGAAAAUGCAGCACUUCCGACACAUCAGCGCGGCGCAGGUCAACAAGGACUCCUGCAUGUUGACGCUGUCAGGCACCCCAGACUCGGUGGCUGAGGCGCACACCGCCGUCGAUGAGUUCUUCCGCUCGCAGGGUUGGAGCCGCAGUCGGAGGUGUUCGCCACGCGGCACGCCGCCCGAGGCCGGCCUGGCGACUCGCGGGGCGGCGACGGCGGCGCCCGGAGGGCCGCGGAGGUCAUCCAGCUACGGCACGGAGUGCGAUUCCGCGUUCAUCCUGGGCCGCGGGGGCAAGACCAAGCACAAGAUUGCCCGCGUCUCCGGGGCGACCCUGGAGCUCCACGAGCACAACAACACGGUGGAGAUCAUAGGCACGGACGCGGAGCGCCGGAAGGCCAGGAAGUACGUGGACCUCGUGAGGGCCCAGCGCGUGGGGCCCGUCAACGUCGGCGAGUCCCACGACGACGGUGACCUCACCAUGAUCGCCGUGCCGACCGAUUGCGUGGGCUUCGUGACAGGAUCUCAGGGCAACUUCCUGCGCACUUGCGAGGAGGAGUGGGGCACGCUGAUGUUCUUCUGCGACUACCACGGGCCGCACGCCGACGCCGCCGACACCGAGAAGCUCGCCAUCUUCGGCGCUCGCGGAGGCCGGACGGGCGCGGAGCUGAAGGUCAUGGCCGCCAUCGAGACGAAGAUCCCAGGCUACUUCACGCGGGACAUCGACGAGAGGUCCACGGAGGACGAGUGGGGCCAGGACACCCUGCCGCUCAGCAACGAGGAGCUCUCCUUCGCGCUCGGCAAGGACGGCUCCACUCGGAAGAAGCUGGCCCGGGCCAGCGGGUGCAUUCUGGAAUACGUCGGCAACGUGGCUUUCAUGGCCGGGACCAUUUCAGCUCGCAGGCGAGCGAGGGACUAUCUGGAUUGGCUCAUGAAGCAGCGAACUGGGACCGUGUAUGUCGAUUGUGAAGGCCGCACGGACGUGAGCAUUGUCGACAUCCCUGGCGGCAUGGAGAGCGUGGCCAGCGUGUUCAAGAGCAUCACUCUUCGCGCCCUCGAGCAGGAGACUCGCACGUUCUGCUUCCUCGAGGGCAACGCGAGCAAGUCGGACCGCCUCCUGAUCUUCGGGGAGAAGGCGUGCCGGGAGAAGGCCAAGGCUAUUGCGAUGGAGAAGAUCGAGGCGAAGAUACAGACGCAGGACGACGAAAAAGAUGGUCGCGGCUACCGAGGUGGACGUUACGGCGGAUACCACGGAGGCGGGGGAGGCAAGGGCGGCUGGUCCGACAACCGCGGCGGCUGGUCCGACAACCACUACCACUCCGACAGCCACUAUCCCCGGAAGAGCAACGGCGGCUGGUCCCCAAACGGCGGCGGGAACGACCACGCGGGGAAGGCGGAGCCGGCCGAGGUCAGCGACGUGUUCGUACUGCGAGGGGACAUCAGCGUACACGUUGUCAUCCAGACUGGGCCGAACGGCGAGGACAUCGAUCCGGUGGUCGAGGACGUCGAGAACCACACGGGCACCAAGCUGACGCUGCUGCGCGACAAGGGCCAGAUCCAGAUCCACGGCCCUGCGGAGAAGGUGGCGCAGGCCAAGCGACAACUGCAGCAGUUCGCGGACAAGUUCGUCACGUGCAGGAUACAGAUGCGGCCCCAGAUCACGGCGGCGCUGGCGAAUAAGGUGAGCCACUACAUCCGGCCGAUGCCCUGGAUCGCCGCGGCAGAGGUGGACGAGAGCGCGGACGUCCUGAAGAUUCAAGGGCACCAGGACAGCGUGGACCAGACGUUCAAGGUGUUGCGGGAGGUGUACAGGGAUCACGGCUUCGAGCUGACCGACGACGACAUCGUCACCCGGAAGAAGGCAAGCGAGGAGCAGAUGAUGACGAGGUCCGUGAACAUCAAGGGCAAGACUGCCGACGUCCUCCGCGUCACCGAGGACGACGCGGCCUUCAUCCUGGGCCGCGGCGGCAAGACGAAGCAGAAGAUCGCGCGCGUGUCCCAGGCCACGCUCGAGCUGCACGAGAGGAACAACACCGUGGAGAUCUUCGGCACCGACGAGGAGCGGCGCAAGGCGCGGAAGUAUGUGGAGCUGGUGCGCGCGCAGCGCGUCGGGCCGGUGAACGUGGACGAGUCGCACGACGACGGUGACCUGACAAUGAUCGCCGUGCCGCACCACUGCGUCGGCUUUGUGACGGGGUCCCAGGGCAACUUCCUCCGCACCUGCGAGGAGGAGUGGGGCACCCUGAUGUUCUUCUGCGACUACCAGGGCCCUGCCGGAGACGGCUUCGUGGGAUCCGAGAGGCUGGCGAUCUUUGGCAAUUUGGCUGGCCGCUGCGGCGCCGAGCUGAAAGUCAUGGCCGCCAUCGAGACGAAGAUCCCCGGGUAUUACACAACCAGCCUGGGCGACACCCAUUCCACGGAGGAGUGGAGCACGGACACGGUUCCGCUCAGCCAGGACCAGCUCUCGUACGCGCUGGGCAAGAAGGGCUCCACGCGCAGGAAGCUGGCGAAGGCCAGUGGGGCCAUCCUCGAGUAUGUCGGCAACAUCGCCUUCCUGGCCGGGUCCCUCGCCGCGCGCCAGCGCGGGCGGGAGUACCUCGGGUGGCUCUGCGACCAGGUUGCCAACAAGACGGGGCGGAUCUCCAUUGACCCCCAGACCAGAGACGACGUCACCCUUGUGCCGGUGCCGAAGGACUGCAUCGGCUACGUCAUGGGGGACAAGCGCAACACGCUGAGCAGGCUGGAGGAGGACUGGGAGACCCUGAUUUUCUUCGUCGACAAUAAGUCGCUGCCCCUCUACCAGGACGUCGAGGGCCUCGCCAUCUUCGGCUCCGAGCGCGGCCGGGCCGGCACAGAGCUAAAGGUGAUGGGCGCAGUGGAGACCAAAAUGCCGCAGUUCUUCACCAAGGGCGUCGGAGUCUACCAGUCGCAGCAAGAGUGGGGGGUCGACACGUUGCCGCUCGGGAACGACGACCUGUCCUUCGCGCUCGGCAAGGACGGCGGCACCCGGAGGAAGCUGGCCCGCGCGAGCGGCUGCAUCCUGGAGUACGUAGGCAACGUCGCGUACAUGGCCGGCACCAUGGCGGAGAGGGCCCGGGCGCGUGAUUAUUUGCAUUGGCUCAUGAAGCAGCGCACAGGUCCGAUCCACGUGGACAUCAAGAACCACAGCGACAUCACCGUGGUGGAGAUUCCCGACGAGAUGGCAGGGAUGACCAAGGCGUCCUCCCUCCGCGACGUGGAGAAGGAGACCGGCACGUUCUGUUUCUUCCAGGGCGACACCAGCACCUCCCACGCGUUGCUCGUGUGCGGGCACCGCGAAGAGGAGACCGCCAACAUGCGGUGGCGAUCCUGCAGGACAUGCUGGUGCGGGGCGCCGCGCGGCCCAAGCCGAGGAAGAAGGCGCAGCAGGGCGGCGCGCGGCAGCCGGCCACAGAGGGU